CCACCAGUGCUGGAGGGCGACAACUGCGUGUUCGAUGGGAUGAUCUAUCGCAACGGAGAGACGUUUCAGCCCAGCUGCAAGUACCAGUGCACCUGCCGCGACGGGCAGAUCGGCUGUCUGCCCCGCUGCAACCUGGACCUGCUGCUUCCCGGCCCCGACUGCCCCUUCCCCAGAAAGAUCGAGGUCCCCGGAGAGUGCUGUGAGAAGUGGAUCUGCGACCCUGACGAUGAAGUGAUUUUGGGUGGUUUUGCUAUGGCUGCCUACAGACAAGAGGCCACACUUGGGAUUGAUGUGUCAGAUUCAAGUGCCAAUUGUAUUGAGCAGACAACAGAAUGGAGUGCUUGUUCCAAAAGCUGUGGAAUGGGCUUUUCCACCCGUGUUACCAACAGAAAUCAACAGUGUGAGAUGGUGAAGCAGACACGGCUUUGCAUGAUAAGACCUUGUGAAAAUGAGGAGUCAUCUGAUAAGAAAGGGAAGAAAUGUAUCCGAACAAAGAAGUCCGUGAAAGCUGUUCGCUUUGAAUACAAGAACUGCACCAGUGUGCAGACAUACAAACCACGUUUCUGUGGCCUCUGCAGUGAUGGGCGUUGCUGCACCCCACACAACACCAAAACAAUUCAAGUUGAGUUCCGCUGUCCUCAGGAUAAAGUCGUAAAAAAGCCAAUGAUGUUGAUCAACACCUGUGUCUGUCAUAACAACUGUCCUCAGAGUAACAUUGUUUUCUACCAGCCAUUAGAUCUGACAUCUAGCGAAGCCAAAAUAUGAAAUGGAUGAACUAGAUAGCUCAAAAGGUAUAAAUAGUUACUACAAAACUUGACCCACUGUCAGAUGAAUGUAACAAUUGCGUAUCUAAAAUAUCUGAAGCAUAUUUCAAAACGGUCUAGGUGCUUUCUUUUUUUCCUGUAGUUUAUUAAUAAAUACCUCAUUUUACACUUCCCCCCUCCAAAUGUCUUAUUCACUUGAAGGAAAUUUUGCACCUUGGACAGAGCCUUUUUUUUUUAUUGACGGUGGCAUAGAUUACAAAGUGAACAGCUAGACUGUCUCCUCGGUUUAAGGGGAUCAUGCCACAAGUUUCAGUAGCUGCAAGACUGGGCUCUAAGAGUAAAUGGUUUCCUUGGGAAUGC